CCUCCACCCGCAAAAGAGCCAGGAGGCGGGAUUACUCUGAAAGCUUUAACGCGAUUGGUCCGUUCGGUUUCACGAGCUGAUUUGCUGCAUGCUGAUUGGGCAAUCGAUCCUGCGACAGAAGGCGAUGUUAAUAAUGUCAUUCUGUGGCCUGGCAUUAAAUAAAACGAUGCUCAUUUAGAUAGAUUGGAGAAAGCAGGAGAUUAAAAGCGAGGGGUUUCUGAUUGUACAGUUGUACUUUAUAGUUAGAAACGUAGCACUGAUCAAACCUUAACUGGAGAAAAUGUCGGGGAUUUAAAUUCGCCUGUGGAUUCCCUAAUUUGAUCAUGCAGACUUCUCUGGGAAAUAGAAGCUAAAAAAGACUUGUUUUCUGCCCCGCCGCUGUCUCAGGACCCAGCUAGCUGGAUAGCUAUAACACAGUGGAUUGGUUUGGGGAUCUUUAGGUGAUAUUGCUGUGUUAGAUUCCUGGUGUAACGGUGCUCAUCGGUUUGCAGGAGAAGCUCUAAUAACUGAAGUGGGAUGGACAAUGCCCAUACUAAGACGGUCGAGGAGGUGUUGGGGUUCUUUGGAGUGAACGAGUCCACAGGUUUGAGCAGUGAGCAGCUGCGGAAGAAUCGAGAGCGAUGGGGUGCCAACGAAUUACCAGCAGAAGAAGGGAAAUCUCUGUGGGAAUUGGUGCUGGAACAGUUUGAGGAUCUGCUUGUGCGGAUUCUGCUGCUCGCAGCCUGCAUUUCCUUUACCCUGGCCUGGUUUGAAGAAGGAGAGGGCACCAUCACUGCUUUCGUAGAGCCUUUUGUAAUCCUCCUUAUCCUUAUCGCCAAUGCCAUCGUGGGCGUGUGGCAGGAACGCAAUGCGGAAAAUGCCAUUGAAGCACUGAAAGAAUACGAACCAGAAAUGGGGAAGGUGUACAGACAGGACAGGAAGAGUGUACAGAGAGUCCGAGCCAGAGAUAUUGUGCCUGGUGACAUUGUUGAAGUGGCAGUGGGUGAUAAGGUUCCAGCGGACAUCAGACUGACCUCCAUUCGUUCCACCACUCUGAGAGUGGACCAGUCCAUUUUGACAGGGGAGUCUGUCUCGGUGCUCAAACACACAGACCCUGUCCCUGAUCCACGCGCUGUAAACCAGGACAAGAAAAACAUGCUCUUUUCUGGCACGAAUAUUGCAGCAGGGAGAGCAAUAGGUGUCGUAGUGGCCACCGGAGUACAGACAGAAAUCGGUAAAAUCAGGGACGAGAUGGCAGCCACAGACCCAGAAAGGACGCCUUUACAGCAAAAACUAGACCAGUUCGGAGAGCAACUCUCAAAGGUGAUCACAGUGAUCUGUGUGGCAGUUUGGGGCAUUAACAUUGGACACUUCAAUGAUCCUGUGCAUGGUGGCAGCUGGCUGAGAGGAGCUGUGUAUUAUUUCAAGAUCGCCGUGGCUUUGGCCGUAGCUGCCAUCCCAGAGGGUCUUCCUGCUGUCAUCACCACCUGCCUCGCUUUGGGCACACGUCGGAUGGCGAGGAAGAACGCCAUUGUGCGCUCACUGCCUUCUGUGGAGACUCUGGGCUGCACAUCGGUCAUCUGCUCUGAUAAAACUGGCACUCUCACCACCAAUCAGAUGUCCGUCUGCAGGAUGUUUGUUGUGGAGAAGGUCACAGGCGAGAGGUGUGUUCUGAAUGAGUUUACAGUGACUGGAUCCACUUAUGCACCUGAAGGAGAUGUAUAUAGGGAUGGUGCAGUGGUGCGCUGUAGUCAGUAUGAUGCCCUGGUGGAACUGGCCACAAUCUGUGCCCUGUGUAAUGAUUCUUCUCUGGACUACAAUGAGAGUAAAUGUGUGUAUGAGAAGGUGGGGGAAGCUACAGAGACCGCUCUGUGCUGUUUAGUGGAGAAGAUGAAUGUGUUCGACACAGACCUGAGGAGUCUCACCCCUGCAGAGAGGGCUACUGCGUGCUGUUCGGUGAUAAAGCAGUUAAUGAGGAAAGAGCUGACGCUGGAGUUUUCUCGAGACAGGAAGUCAAUGUCUGUCUUCUGCUCUCCUAACAAACUGGCCCGCUCUGCCACAGGAGCCAAGAUGUUUGUUAAGGGGGCACCAGAGAGCGUUCUGGAGCGUUGUCGUUGGAUCCGGGUUGGUGGUGGGGCGCGGAUGCCCUUGACCUCUGACCUUAGGGAACAGCUCUUAGGCACAGUAAGAGAGUGGGGUUCAGGUCGUGACACCCUGCGUUGCCUUGCCAUGGCAACCAGAGACUCACCACCCGACCCCCGAACCCUGAACCUGGAGAACUCAUCUGCCUUCUCCGAGUAUGAGUCGGAGCUGACGUUUGUGGGGUGUGUGGGGAUGUUGGACCCUCCAAGAAAGGAGGUACUGAAUGCUGUGCGCAUGUGCAGGCAGGCUGGAAUACGUGUCAUCAUGAUUACUGGUGACAACAAAGGCACGGCGUUGUCAAUCUGCCGACGUGUUGGGAUCAUCACAGAGCAGGAGGAAGAGGAGGCAGAGGGUGCACCCUUUGGUGGAGGGCUGACCGGGCGAGAGUUCGACGAGUUGCCACCCCACCUGCAGCGCCAAGCCUGCCACACCGCCCGGUGCUUCGCCCGCGUUGAACCCACCCACAAGAGUCGCAUCGUAGAGUACCUCCAGAGCCUCAGCGAUAUUACGGCUAUGACAGGUGAUGGAGUGAAUGAUGCUCCUGCUCUGAAGAAGGCUGAGAUCGGGAUAGCGAUGGGCUCGGGAACGGCGGUGGCUAAAUCAGCCUCUGAGAUGAUCCUAGCUGACGAUAACUUCUCCACUAUAGUGGCUGCAGUGGAGGAGGGCCGAGCCAUCUAUAACAACAUGAAGCAGUUUAUCCGCUAUCUCAUUUCUUCAAACAUUGGAGAGGUGGUGUGUAUUUUUCUGACUGCUGCUCUGGGCAUGCCCGAGGCUCUCAUCCCGGUUCAGUUGCUAUGGGUAAAUCUGGUGACGGACGGCUUCCCUGCCACUGCACUCGGCUUCAAUCCCCCCGACCUGGAUAUUAUGUCACGACCACCACGCUCUCCCAAAGAACCCCUCAUUUCUGGCUGGCUUUUCUGCAGAUACCUCAUCAUCGGCUGUUAUGUGGGAGUAGCUACAGUGGGCGCUGCGGCUUGGUGGUUCAUGGCAGCACAUGAUGGACCGAAACUCUCUUUCUAUCAACUGUCUCACUAUCUGCAGUGUAGUGAGGGACAUGCUGACUUUGCAGGAGUUCAGUGCUCUGUAUUUGAGUCACCGUAUCCAAUGACUAUGGCUCUGUCAGUGCUGGUCACCAUAGAGAUGUGCAAUGCCCUCAACAGCCUGUCUGAGAAUCAGUCUCUGCUGAAGAUGCCUCCCUGGUCAAACCCCUGGCUUGUGGGCGCUAUCUGCCUCUCCAUGGCCUUGCAUUUCCUCAUCCUAUAUGUGGAUCCACUGCCUAUGAUUUUCCAGAUCCGGCCGCUGUCCUGGCCGCAGUGGGUUACCGUUCUGAAGAUGUCCCUGCCGGUUAUCCUGAUGGACGAAGCACUGAAAUUCUUGGCUAGGAACUACAUUGAGCCAGGCAGUGACCUCGAGCAAGAGGAAGAGGCGAGACAGCGCCAUGGCCAAGGUGGCAGCUGGGGAUUCGCAGGCCUCGUUGGCAAAAUACGACGGGGUCUGAAGGGUGUCUCCUGGGCAUUUGUAUUCAUCUCUGCUCCUCUUUUGUUUUGGAUCUACAGCCUGGACUCAGAUAUUACAAACAUCUUCUGGGAAUAGUUAGUGAAGAGAAUGUGAGAAAGGGAGUGGGAGUUAGAAAGAAGGAUUUUAAAGAGAGAGUGGGAGGAUACUUAAGUUUAAAUAAGGGGGGUUAGAAACAGAACACCAAAAAAAGGAAUAAAAUGAAAAUAAAAGCAAAAAAGUAUGUGAGGAAGACUUUUUGAGCAUGGACAAUCAGAAUUAGCGGGAAGAUGAGAAGAGAGAGUAAAUCAAGCAAGGAAGGCAAUUGUCAUAUUCAGUCCAGCCUCAUUUUUUGUGAUUUUGUGGGGUUUCCUUAUGCCCUUCAUCUUCAGCGCCAAUCUCAUGCUGUGUUUUUUAAUCCUUUGAUGACAUUUGAAAUAUAUAUUUAUAUAGCUAUACAUUAUUUCCAAUCUAACAGGAUUAUUUUCAAGUCAUUAAAUUAUUUCUGUUAUCUCAACAAGUCCUGCGUACCCUAGGAACCAAACAAUACACUUUUCAUAGGCAAUACAGAAUAUUCACAUCCAUGGAAGAUUAAAAUGUAAACAUUAAAUGGUAAAAGGUACUGUAUGUUUCUUUUAAGCACAUAUUUAGAAUAUUUAUAAUCAGUCACCUGCAUGUUAGGGAAUUUUCUAUUUUUUAUUGUUUAUAAGGAUAAGGAAAAACAGGCAAUGUUAUGUGGUCCAAGUAGGAGAGAAAAUCUAGUUGGUGACCAGAAGCUCAAAGCAAAUAAAAUAUCAGCUGACUGCAUGUAAAAUGAAAUGUGUAACAUGUUACCAUCAUCAACAGUAGCAGUCUGGAUUGUGGGAUUUUUUUAAAUCAUUUUUUUUGGAAUCAUUUCUGCAGAAAAAAAGGGAAUUUUGUCAUGCCUGGGCUUCAUUCAAUAGUCCAACUGAAACCCAACACUUUUGGGACACUGAACGGUCAAUCCCACAUUCCACUUUCAGACUUUAUCAACCAUGUAUGUGUCAUCCACUUUCGAUUUGAGUUUUAGAUUGUUUUUAAGGCAGAACAGAGAGCAGGGAACUGGAUGUAAGGUCUUAAUCACUGUCACUUUGGGAAAUGACAUGGCUCUAUGUCUCAUAUUUCAUAAUGAAAUAUCUGUGCUCUUUCUAAUGCAUGUUUAAGGAAAAUAAGAUUCACACAGUGUAUUUUAUUCUUUAAACAUGCACUAGAAGAGCAAAGAAAUCCUAAGAAUUAACAGAUGUCUUUAUUAAUAAUAUGGUUCACUAGAGAUUUCUGUUCUGCGGAUAAGUUACUGUCACUGUUUCCUAAGGAAUGCUGUAAAGCCAGAGGUUAUUUCCUAAAAUAUGCAGUGUUUGUAAUGAUAUAGUAAAGAGUGUUGAGAAAACCAACUGAGUCAUACAUGUUAAAGCACCACUGUCUAUGUAACUUCCUCAUUUUAAAUGAGACGUCUGCAUUGCAUUAUCAUCACUAACAUCACAUCACAUUUUUGUUGAGGAUAUUUAUGUUCUUUGUGUCCUAUUGCCAGGGAAAAGGAAGGGCUGUGACUGCAAAAUGAAAAAAGAGACAGAGAAAGUGUUUUCUAUUGAUUUUUCCAUUACUAAGUCACCCUACUCCUUCGGAAGUUUAAUUUACAUUUAGUUAAAUUUACAUUUUGUCUACUUUAUUGCAAAAAAUUCAAUAAAACCAACCAGACAGAUUAUUAAGAUGGAAACAUUUUUAUUUCAGAUUGUACAAUUAGUUUGUUUAUUCUGAAUUUUUUUUUUUCACAUUUGUAAAACAUUUUCUAAAAAAUGUUUUUGUUGUGUUGUGCUAUUAAUUUAAUUGUUAUCAUUGUCAGAUAACUUUUCUUUGAUGGAAAAAUGCUCAAUGGAAUGGAAAUAAACAGUUAAUUUAAAAUGA